CCUAACCUGUACAGUGUGCAUGGCGUCAGGUGCAGGUUCCUGAGUCGAGCCAGGCAGUGAGCAGGGCAGCAGCAAUUCUCUGGAGACCACAGGCUUCAGGAGGAGGGUGAGAGACGGGGACGGCUGGAGGAGUAAAGACACAAAACCCAGCUGCCAUGGCAGUGGACAGAAGACUCCUGUUGCGCCUUGGAUAUCUUGGAUCCUUUUUUGUCAUCAUGUUGUACUUUUACGGAUGGGACAAAUUACAGCACAGCAAGAGUGUGGAGAGGAUGCAUCAGCUGCAGGAACAGAGAAAGCAGCAGUUAAAAGACAUCUGCUCUGCUGAUAAAGAGGCAUUGUCUGAGGGGAAGUGCAGUGUAACUGAUAUGAGUGCAGAAGAGCUGAAGAACCUCCUUGUGGAUGACACUCAUGGCAUCAUCUACUGUUACAUUCCCAAGGUGGCCUGUUCCAACUGGAAGAAGGUGAUGUUUGUCCUGAAGCAGAGCGAGCCGUAUCGUGACCCCAUGUCCGUAUCUGAUGAUCUAAUCGAACCCACCGACAAGCACCUCACUCUUCUAAAAAGCUUUCCCAGAACAGAGAUGAUGGCAAAGCUGAAGCACUACACCAAGUUCCUGUUUGUCCGGGACCCAUUUGUCCGCAUCAUCUCCGCCUACAGAGACAAACUCCAGCGACCCAACAAGCUCUUCUUGGAGAAUUUUGCCCUAGAUAUUAUUCGUCGCUAUGGCAACCAGUCGGAUCCACCACGUUCAGUGGACGAAGCGUUUGCAUCAGGGUUGAGCCCCUCAUUUCACAACUUUAUUCAAUACCUUGUGGACCCGAAGACAGAGAACAGCGGGCCCUUUGAACCCCACUGGAGGCAGAUGCACCGCCUGUGCCACCCCUGCCACAUACAGUAUGAUUUUAUUGGCCACCAGGAGACUCUUCAAGAGGAUGCUGAACAGCUUAUGAAGCUCUUAAUGUUGAAGGGUUACAUUAAGUUCCCCCCUUCCUAUGUUAACAUGACUUCCUCUAACUCUGUGUUGGACUGGUUCAGAACAGUGCCUGUUGAGGACAGGAGGAAACUGUACAAGCUCUAUGAGAGUGACUUCAGGUUGUUUGGCUACAGAAAGCCCGAUGAAUUGCUUGAUGGUUUUGAAGUCAUGGCAACUUCUCAACAAUAACUUCUUCUAAUAACUCUUCUCGAUGAACCCAACAUGCACAAAAAACAAGAGCAAACAAAAGUUUUUUUAUGCAGACUGACAACUAUUUAACAUGAUGGCUUUCUCACUCAUAAACACUGGAGCUACAGUUCAUAAUGACUCUGAUCAUGCAAUUGUAAACUAAUUUUGUGUGCCUCUAGCUUAAUACAACACAAAAAUCUACACGGCCUCAUAAAUCUGAGGUGAGAAAUGUCAUUCUCAAUUCAGUUUAAACCAUAUACUGUAUAUAGACAUGGACGAAAUAAGAGCUCCCAAAAGUGAAGCCAAACCAUCUUGAUCGCUCCCUGGUGGCAGGCAGGCUGCAGCAUAGGUUAUAAUCUGCACCUCCGCCAUGUGAGUAGGUUGGACAAAGUCAAAGUACAUGUUGAAUAAAUUUUUUCCAAAGAU